CUUCACCUCCUCGCGAACGUCGCAAUGGCCUUUACGUUUCCAUCGCUUUUAAAUUUCAUACAUACCUUUUCUUAGUGAUAAGAGUAAAAAGUUAUACGCAACUCGUUGAUGGUUAAUUUUUUCUGUGCAAUGCUAACAAGAAUCGCCGCCGCUUGUCAAAUUUCUGAACCAACGCUUUCUGUAUCAGCCACUCUCCUUUCAGACGACAUUUUUUCCUGAAUCAUGUUGCGAUCCAAGUCGUUUGUCAAACGUACGAAAAAAGGCAACGUCGUUAAAGUCGUUAAAGAACACUACUUGCGCGAUGACAUUCCAUGUUCUUCACAAGCAUGCACGAUCUGCGAACAACAUAGUCGACCCGUCCUUUCUCGUACUCCACGAAGCACGACCACUCUCAAGCAUCCUCACUAUAUCAUACCCGACACCAAUGUCUUUAUGAAUCAGCUCGAUAUUAUGGAGCAUCCUGCGAUCAAGGACGUUGUUGUCUUGCAAACUGUUAGAGAAGAAGUUAAACAUCUUAGUCUUCCUGUCUAUAACCGAUUAAAUGCAAUCCUGUCCGAUUCGAACAAACGCUUUUAUAUGUUUGCAAACGAACAUCAUAGAGAUACCUAUCUUGAAAAGCUCAAGGACGAGUCCCCGAACGAUCGAAAUGAUAGAGCUAUCCGUGUGGCCACGCAAUGGUAUGCCAAUCAUUUGAAAGGAAUUGGGAUAGAGGCAGUCAUGCUUAGUGAUGACCGUGCCAAUCGCGAUAAGGCUUCCGUCACCAAUAUCAAAUCGUUGUCAGUACGUAAUUAUGUGGAAAGCAUGAAAGAUGUACCAGAAUUAUUGGAUAUGCUAGCGGCACAUAAGGAUAAUUCGUUGGAAAAGGAUAAGAUUAUAUAUGAGGAGCAUUUGUCAGCUGCUCAGAUCGCUAAUGGUAUCAAGAAAGGCUCUUUGGUUCAAGGCACAUUGAAUAUCAGCCAACACAAUGUUUUGGAGGGUACUGUUUACAGUAAAUUGGAUGGCGAAGAACGGACGAUUUAUAUCCUUGGGCGCAAAAAUAUGAAUCGAUGUAUCCAGGGCGAUAUUGUUGCUGUGGAGAUUCUUCCAAAGGAGCAAUGGAAAAAGAACACGUCUUUGGCUGUCGAGGAAGAGGAAGACGAAGAAAAAAUGUACGGCGAGGAUUCUUUGGAUGCCGAUAUGAAGGAUGCUGAAGACAACAAUCCCGAUGAAGUGGGCGAGCCUACUGCCAGAAUUGUUGGUGUUAUUCGGAAAAAAUGGAGACCAUACUGUGGUUUUAUCGUCAAAAAAUCGGUGCACUCAAAAUCUGGUUCGACUGCAGCUGAAAACGUGAUAUUCCGUGCCAUUGAUCGAAGAAUUCCAGGUAUCAAAAUUAAAACGACUCAGGCGCACAGCCUGUUGGGUGCACGUAUUGUUGUUGCUGUUGAUAGCUGGCCCGCAAAUUCAGUCCUUCCUUUGGGACAUUUUGUUAAAUCGCUUGGAUCAUCGGGUGAUCGAGAAACUGAAACCGAAGUUUUAUUAUUGGAACACGAUGUGCCCUAUCAGGAGUUCUCUAAACGCGUAUUGGAUGACCUACCCGUUGAAGGCGAUGAAUGGGUGGUUACUGAAGAACAUGUAAAGAAAGAAAAUCGCCGUGAUCUUCGUCAUUUGAACGUAUGCAGUAUCGAUCCUCCAGGAUGUACUGAUAUUGACGAUGCGCUUCACGUUCGAUCGCUUGAAAAUGGAAAUUAUGAAGUUGGUGUUCAUAUUGCCGAUGUCACAUACUUUGUCAAACCUGGCCAGACAAUGGAUGAGGAAGCGGCGAACAGGGGCACAACCGUAUAUUUGGUUGAUAAGCGUAUUGAUAUGCUUCCAGCUCUACUCGGAACUAAUCUGUGCUCCUUGCGUUCCAAUGUUGAGCGCCUGGCGUUCUCCUGUAUCUGGGAAAUAAACGAAAACGCGGAGAUUGUCAAUGUAGACUUUGCAAAGAGCAUCAUACUGUCCAAAAAUUCUUUCACGUAUGAGGAGGCGCAGAACCGUAUUGAUGACGAACGUAUGCAAGAUGAUAUUACCAAGGGCAUCCGCGUGCUCAACUCGCUUGCCAAAAAGCUGCGUCAAAAGCGAAUUGAGCGGGGUGCACUAACCUUAUCUAGUCCAGAAGUCCGAUUCAACCUUGAGAACGAUUCGCAGGAUCCGGUCGACGUUGAACUGAAGGAGUUGAAGGAAACAAACGCCUUGGUUGAAGAGUUCAUGUUACUCGCCAAUAUCUCGGUCGCUGAAAAGAUCUAUUCAAAGUUCCCAAUGUCAGCACUGCUUCGUAAACACGCGGCGCCUCCUGCAAACAAUUUCGAUAUUUUACGAAAGGCAUUGUCUGAAGUAGAUAUAACGCUGAACGUCGAAUCAUCUAAGGCAUUAGCCGAUUCACUGGACGAGGCUGUUCUACCAAAUGAUCCUUAUUUUAACAAGCUUGUGCGAAUUAUGACAACUCGCUGCAUGAUGCAGGCGCAAUACUUUUGCUCAGGCACAGAGAUUGAAUCCGAGUUUAGACAUUACGGUCUUGCAACACCAAUCUAUACUCACUUUACAUCACCUAUUCGCCGCUAUUCUGACGUCAUUGUACAUCGAUUGCUGCAAGCUAGUAUUGAUCCUGAUGCUGUCUAUGGCCAAGAGCUUAUUGACAAGAGCAAGAUGAAAGAUUUAUGUGAUGUUUUGAACCAUCGUCAUAGAAUGGCACAACAAGCCGGUCGUAGUUCAGUAGAACUGUAUACAAACAUGUUUUUCAAAAACAAGGUGCAAAUCGAAGAAGGCCGCGUUAUUCGUAUCCUCAAGAAUGGUUUUGUUGUUCUUGCUCCCAAAUAUGGUAUCGAAGGAAUCGUAUACACAAGCAAAAAGCCUGGCGACACUUCACCAUUCGAAUACAACGAAGAACAUAAUUCACUUGUUGCAGGUGAUGUGAUCAUCAAGAUGUUCGGAACGGUGAAGGUAGAAAUAUGUGUGGAAGGAGAUGAGCAAGGCAUGCGUCAAAAGAUGAGGAUGCGUCUUGCAGAACCGUAUGUUGAAGGUGUAAGUGAUCUAGUAUCACUUAAUAACAAGCGGAAACAAGAGGGUGCUGGUAGCAGCAGCAGUAGCUCUUCUACCACUGGUAACUUGGAACAAAAAGCCAAAAAAGCAAAGCAAUAAUGUGUAUAGAUUAAAUGUAAAAAUAAGCAGAAAGUCUUUAAUAAAACGAUGUAUGCGGUUGUAUA